AUGUUGCUAAACACCUUUUCCACCGGCGGCGAGACCGAGGGGUUCGUGCUUAGUUGCUUAUCCCUGGCCAUCGUUUUUACACUUGUCAACAUCCUCACCUCUUCCCGGACAUGGCUUGUGGCCCACUCGCCCAUAUCUUUCCUCAAAAGACGUGCUCGAGCAUGGCUUUUCCUCUUUCAAGGACCCAAGAUCAUCGAGGAAGAAUUCAACAAGGCCGGACCUGGGAAGCCAUUCCACAUCGACGUCCCCGAGAACCGUUAUGUCGUCGUGUCGUCCUGGAAACACAUCAAGGAGAUCGACUCAGCUCCCGACCAUGUGCUCUCUCUUCAGGCCGCAGCCAAGCAGCUUCUUCAACCCAAACACACCAUGUCAAGCUUCAACUGGAUGGACAAGAGGGGUGCCGAGGGGAUUCCACUGAUCAGAACCCUUCGCGUCAUGCUCACGAACCACUUGCCUGAGGUUCUUCCCCAAAUCAGACGUUCAAUGAGCGCCUUGAUGGACAACGAGAUUGAUUCGGCCCCCAAGCUUGAGGAUGGAAAGACCAUGACGCCAAAGCUCUACCACAUCAUCAUCAAGGCAAUCGCACACUCGAAUGCUUUGGCGUUCUUCGGCGAGGACUUGGCCAAAAAUGAAAGGUUCAUGAAGGCGGCCAUGACCUUUAUUGAGCAGACCCUGCUCAUUGCUGAGAUCUUGCGGUUGCUGCCCCAGUUUCUGUCCGAGCCUAUCGGAAAGUUCCUUUCCAACAAGCUCAACUCCAGCUCUGUAAUCUUUGACACCUUGCUCCCAGUCGCUGCUGAGCGGGUGGACGAGUACGCCAGAGCCAAACUUGGACAGAAGGUACCUGAACAUAAAGACUGCAUGCAAUGGAUCAUGGAGAGCGCCCCAAGAAACAGCCCUUGGACGGCCGAAAGGAUCGUCUACGAGCUCAUUGCCUUGUGGUUUGGAUCAGUCCACAUUACUUCCACCACCGUCUGCUUCACCAUCCACGACCUCUGCCUCCACCCGGAAUACGUCGAGCCCCUCCGCAAAGAGAUCGAGGCCACCGGCUGGGAGACGUUCGAGAAGUCAGGCGGCAAAUGCUUCCCCCUCCUCGACAGCUUCAUGAAAGAAUCCGCCAGGAUAACACCGGUCGAAUCGGUCAGCACCCGCCGCAUGGCACUCGAGCCCUUCAAGCUAUCAGAUGGCACAGCCGUCAACCCGGGCGAAUGGAUCGUCACGGCAGCCCGCGGCAUGGCAAUGGACUCGUCCGUCUUCUCCAAACCCACCGACUUUCAAGGCUUCCGCUUUGCGGACCCGGCGGUUGUCGCUAAAAUCGACAACCGCCCAUCAUUCUCGGCAGGUGACAAAUCAUCCGACUUCACCAGCACAUCUGACUGGCAGCUAUGGGGCACAGGAAGGUGCGCUUGCCCUGGGCGGUUUUACGCCACGGCAGUCAUGAAGGCCAUGCUGGGGUUGCUCAUCGCAAAAUACGAUAUGCAGCUAACGGACCCGGGGGCGGCGAGGUAUUUUGCUUGGCGGACGUUUAUUUAUCCUUUUCCUGGGACCAAGAUUAGCUUGACUGCGCGGGAAUGA